AUGGACAGCGACCAGUUCAGAGAGGCUGCGCACGCUACAAUUGAAGACACUUUAGAGCUAACUGAUCCAGUAAUCUCCUACUUCAACAACAUCCCCAACCAGCGCGUCCUCCCGACGAUCGAACCAGGCUACCUACGGCCCCAGAUCCCGCCCUCUCCCCCAACAGAACCCGAAUCCUGGCCAGCAAUUCAGGCGGAUAUCGACAGUAAGAUCAAGCCUGGCCUGACGCAAUGGCAGUCGCCCAACUUCAUGGCGUUUUUCCCGGCCACUGUAACCUACCCUUCGAUCCUCGGUGAGAUGUACAGCGCGGCCUUCAACGCGCCUGCCUUCAACUGGCUCUGUUCGCCCGCCUGCACUGAACUUGAGACCGUCAUGAUGGACUGGAUGGCGCAGGCUCUGGGGCUUCCCAAGUGCUUCUAUAGUACUAGUGAGAAUAAGGGUGGCGGUGUCAUCCAGAUGAGUGCGAGUGAUGCCGUCGCAACGGUGAUGAUCGCUGCUCGUGAAAGAAGAGUUCAGCAGCAGGCGAAGGCCGAGGGACUGAAAGAGGGGACCGAAGAGUAUGAGGACCGGAUUAUGGAGCUCCGGCCGCGGUUGGUGGCGCUUAGUAGCUCCCAGGCGCACAGCAGUACGGCGAAGGCGGCGCUGUUGGCUGGCACGCGGUACCGGAGUAUCGGGGUCAGUCUGGAGAAUGAUAUGGCCCUUACCGGGGCUGAGCUGCGAUCUAUGCUGGAGGAGCUGGACAUCAAGAACCUGGCGCCCUAUUUUAUCACUCUGUGCUUUGGGUCAACGAACUCUUGCGCUGUGGAUCGCUUCAAGGAGAUCACGGACGUAUUGAAGGAGAAAGAGCACUGGUCGCGCAUCUGGGUGCACAUCGAUGCGGCCUAUGCUGGGUCUGCCUUGGUUGCAGACGAGUGGCAGUACAUUGCGAGGGAUUUCGCUGAGGGCGUAGAUAGCUUCAAUCUAAACAUGCACAAGUGGCUGCUCGUUAACUUUGACGCAAGUCUCCUCUACGUCCGCAACCGCCAUGACCUCACCGACUUCUUGGAUAUCACCCCGGCAUACCUGCGCAACCCCUACUCUGAAUCAGGCCAGGUCAUCGACUACCGCAACUGGUCUAUCCCGCUUGGCCGACGGUUCCGCGCGCUCAAGAUCUGGUUCGUCAUGCGCAGCUACGGCCUCAACGGGCUGAAGGAGUUCGUGCGCAAGGGUAUCAAGCUGGGAGAUACCUUUGCAGAUCUCAUCCGCAGCCGCGGUGAUCUCUUUGAGAUUGUGACCAAGCCGGCAUUUGGGCUGACUGUGUUCCGUGUCAAGGCUGCUUCAUUGGCGAACGGGAAUGGAGUUUCUGUGAACGGGCAGAGUGGGACUGUGGUGAAACCUGACGAGGAGGCGGAUGCUGUCACUAAGGAGGUAUACGAGACCAUCAACGCUCGCGGGGAGAUCUUCAUCACCUCUACUGUUAUGGCUGGGGUUUAUGCGAUUCGUGUGGUCAGUGCAAAUGAGCGCGCAGAGGAGAAGUAUGUUCGGAGGGCCUUUGACAUCUUGGUAGAGACAUCAGAGGAGGUGUUAAAGAAGGCCAAAUGAGGAUAACGCCACAAGGGUUAGGAUACCAAGGCAUUCUAAUAAAUA